AGGGGGCGAAUUGCGCAUGCGCGUAUCAAAUAUAGGCGGGUCUUUCGAACGCAACGCGAGAAGAGAAAGGGAGUGAAUGAGGGAGGAAGACUAAGAUCAACACAUGGAGUCUCUUUUCAUGGCGAGAUCGCAGUGCAGGUUGAAGACUCCUCCCCCUCCCCUCCCUCACUACUGCCCCACACCCACCCUCACUCCCCAUCAGAAUAAUCAUAAGUCUUUAAGUACUGUCAGGACGCAUCGUAAUACUGGUGAGGGAAUGGCUGGCGGUUGCUCUGGCAACAAGACCACGCCCACUACUCACUGGCAUCUUCAACCAGCUGUCUACGAUGACGGCUGGAGGGAGGGGGAGGGAGAGGGAGGAGUUAGUGACUCAUCAUCUCAAUACAACGAAUGCUGGCAGAGCACUUCUACUGUUGAUUCAAGAAGACAUGGAGAAGAAGAGGAGGAGGAGGAGGAGGGAGAGGGGGGAGGAGGGGAAGAGGGAGAAAGAGAGAGGGAAGAGGGAGGAACUGAAGAGAGAGUGGAUGGUGCAACAGGUCAAUCCACCAUUGCAAAGUACAUUGAGAGAUUUCGCAAGGCUCCGCCCACUCCAAGAGAGGGGCGGAGAUCGGGUGCAGGGGUCAGUGGGAAUUUUUGGUGGGAGAGGCCCCCUCGGGGUCCCCUGGGGUCGGAGUCUGAGCCCUCACUACCCCGGAGUCACUCCACCCCAGACCCGAGUAAAUCUACCCAGACACGACUACUACCUCGGAGUCAACAGAUCUUCAGG